AUGACCCGGUGCCUCUUGGCCAGACCCUUUCAGCUGCAAGAAGAAUAUCACCGGCCAGGAGACCUCAUUGUUGGUGCCUCUUAUUGCAGGCAAGUGCCCAAAAACUUCCAACAGAUCCUGGCCCUCGUAUUCGCCAUCAACGAGAUCAACAAGGAUCCUGCACUCCUCCCCAACGUCACGCUGGGCUUCCGCAUUUUGGAGGACACCUACUUUGAAAGAAUAACCUACCAGGCUGGCCUGGCAUUUCUCUCAGCACAGGGUCAAAUGGUCCCCAACUACAGAUGUAGCAGAAAGGAAGAGCUGCUGACGGUCGUUGGAAGCCUCUACUCCAGGAUCUCACUUCAGAUGGCCUUCCUCUUGGGCCUCUUCAAGAUCCCACAGCUCGGUUAUGGCUCAUUCAUCCCUGUUCUGAGAGAGAGCACCGUCUUUCCUUCCUUCUACCGGAUUGACCCCAGCGAAGUGCCACAGUAUUUCGGGCUAAUCCGCUUACUUCUUCAUUUCCACUGGGACUGGAUUGGGAUUGUCGCUCCAGAUGAUGACAAUGGUGAAAAUUUCAUCCAGGCCCUGAUACCAAUGCUUGCCCAGAACAACAUCUGUGCUAUGCACAGAACACUGAGUGUGACCCAGUGCCUCUUGGCCAGACCCUUUCAGCUGCAAGAAGAAUAUCACCGGCCAGGAGACCUCAUUGUCAGUGGGAUUUUGCCCCACCUCAACACCGUGGUGAUACGUGCGUCCUUUGAAAAACCUCCUAGCAACCGGUAUACUGGACAGCAAGUGCCCAAAAACUUCCAGCAGAUCCUGGCCCUCGAAUUCGCCAUCAACGAGAUCAACAAGGAUCCGGCACUCCUCCCCAACGUCACGCUGGGCUUCCGCAUUUUGGAGGACACCUACUUUGAAAAAAUGACCUACCAGGCUGGCCUGGCAUUUCUCUCAGCGCGGGGUCAAAUGGUCCCCAACUACAGAUGUAACAGAAAGGAAGAGCUGCUGUCAGUCAUUGGAAGCCUUAACUCCAGAAUCUCUCUGCAGAUGGCCUUCCUCUUGGGCCUCUUCAAGAUCCCACAGCUCGGUUACGCCUCAUUCAUCCCUGUUCUGAGAGAGAGCACCGUCUUUCCUUCCUUCUACCGGAUUGACCCCAGCGAAGUGCCACAGUAUUUCGGGCUAAUCCGCUUACUUCUUCAUUUCCACUGGGACUGGAUUGGGAUUGUCGCUCCAGAUGAUGACAGUGGUGAAAACUUCAUCCAGGCCCUGAUACCAAUGCUUGACCAGAACAACAUCUGCGUUGAGUUCAUUGACAGGAUUGAGUGUGUAGAGAGCUGCUCACCCGGUUCCAGCAAAAAAGUUAUAGAACAACAGCCGCCUUGUUGUUAUGAAUGCGAACUUUGUCCGGAAGGGACGAUUUCUAACCAUACAGAUGCUGAUCGGUGUGUCCCAUGCCCAGAAGAUCAAUAUCCAAACAAGAACAAAGACCACUGCUUCUCCAAGAGCAUCAACUUCCUUUCCUAUCAAGAGAUUUUAGGGAUUGUUUUGGCUUCUCUUGCUCUCUUGCUUUUUCUGAUCACAGCUGCAGUCCUGACAACCAUCAUUAAACAUCAAGACACACCAAUCGUCAAAGCCAACAACAGAGAACUCACCUACGUCCUCCUCAUCUCACUCUUGCUCUGCUUCCUCUGCUCCUUCCUAUUCAUUGGUCACACUACAAAGGUCACCUGCCUUCUGAGACAAACUGCUUUCACUGUCAUCCUCUCUGUUGCCAUUUCUACCAUCUUGGCAAAAACCAUCACAGUGGUUCUGGCCUUCAUGGCCACUAAGCCAGGAAACAUGGCCAGAGACAUGUUGGGGAGACAAGUGGUAAACACCAUUGUCCUGGCGUGUCCCCUCCUUCAAGCUGUCAUCUGUGGCAUUUGGCUAGGAACCUCUCCCCCAUUCCCCAACUUGGACUUCCAUUCCUUGGCCAAGGAGAUCAUAAUGGAAUGUAAUGAAGGGUCAGUCGUCAUGUUUUACAUAGUCCUGGGCUACAUGGCAUUUCUGGCCCUGGUCAGCUUCGUGGUGGCUUUCCUAGCCAGGAAACUGCCCGACAGCUUUAAUGAAGCCAAAUUUAUCACCUUCAGCAUGCUGGUCUUCUGCAGCGUGUGGAUCUCCUUCGUGCCCACCUACCUGAGCACUAAAGGGAAGUCCAUGGUGGCCGUGGAGGUCUUCUCCAUCUUGGCUUCUGGGGCUGGCCUCCUGGGUUGCAUCUUUCUUCCCAAAUGCUACAUUAUUGUUAUGAGGCCUGAUCUCAAUAGCCGAGAUCAUCUCCUAAGGAACAAAAAUUACAGGCACCUAAAUUCUUGA